UUCCAAGAACUCUUGGCAGUUGUAUUAUGUUGGCGCGCCUGUAUUUGGAAGGUAAUGAAUUUGAAGGAACAAUUCCUCAAUCUCUUAAAAGUUUAAGAAGUAUGGAAGAAAUAGAUAUUUCACGCAACAACUUAUCUGGGCAGAUUCCUGAAUUUUUAGGCAAGUUUACGCAUCUUAACCAUCUCAAUCUUUCUUAUAAUGAUUUUGAGGGUGAAUUGCCUAAAGAAGGGAUCUUUUCAAAUGCAAGUGGUCUCUCAGUUAUUGGAAACAAUAGGCUCUGCGGUGGCCUCCCAGAAUUACUUCUGCGUGCAUGCUCCAACAAAAAGUCACAUUCAUCUCAACGACUACUUGCCCUAAAGGUAGUCGUCCCAGUAGCUUGUGCACUUGCCUUCAUAAUUGCUAUGUCAUGCUUCAUUGUUGCUCGUUCAAAGGUGAAAAAGUCAAGAGGUGGACCUGCAGCUUCACAUUCUUAUAAGGGUUGGAAAUCAAUCUCUUACUUAGAACUCGUUCAAUCAACUGGCGGGUUCUCUGUGGACAACCUAAUUGGUUCGGGAAGUUUUGGUUCUGUUUACAAAGGAGUAUUUCCUAACGAUGGGAGGGUAGUUGCUGUUAAGGUAUUAAACCUUCAACAACAAGGAGCUUCCAAGAGUUUCAUUGAUGAAUGCAAAGUUUUAAGAAGCAUACGACACCGUAAUCUUCUCAAGAUCUUAAGUGCAUGCUCGAGCAUUGAUAAUCAGGGUAAUGACUUCAAGAGUCUAAUUUUCGAGUUCAUGGCAAAUGGAAGUCUAGACUCAUGGUUGCAUCCAAGAGAUGAUGAUGAAUCUCAAAGUAAGAGAUUGAGCCUUAUCCAAAGGCUCAAUAUUGCAAUUGAUGUUGCUUCUGCAUUAGAUUAUCUCCACCACCAUUGUGAAACAACCCUUGUUCAUUGUGAUCUAAAGCCAAGCAAUGUUCUUCUUGGUGAUGAUAUGGUAGCCCAUGUUGGUGACUUUGGUUUAGCAAGGUUCCUCUUGGAAUCAUCUGAUAGUUCCUCCCAAAGUCGAACCGUUUCUGCUGGGCUAAAGGGUUCCAUCGGUUACAUUCCUCCAGAGUAUGGCAUGGGAGGCCAAGUUUCCGUCUUGGGAGAUACUUAUAGCUUUGGAAUACUAUUGCUAGAAAUGUUCACAGGAAAAAGACCUACAGAUGACAUGUUCACGGAAGGCCUAAGCAUUCACCAAUUCGCAGCCAUGGCAAUGCCUGACCAUGCCAUGGACAUAAUUGAUCCUUCAUUGCUCAUUGUAAGAGAUGAUGCAGAUGGUGAUGAUGAAAUAUACAACAAUGACAUACGAGCAAGGCCAGUUAGAAGUUGUCAUGAUGGCAGCCCUGUCCUUGCAACAAGAUUGGAGGAGUGUUUGGUUUCGGUAAUGGAGAUAGGACUCUCAUGCUCUGCAAUAUUACCAUCUGAGCGGAUACAAAUGGAUAUUGUUGUGAACAAAAUGAAGGCAGCUAGAGACUCAUAUCUCAAUUUGAGAAGAAGAAGGAGAAGAAGAAGCUAGCAAUAUUCAAGAUAGGGCUACGUUUGUUAUCUGAUCUCAAAUCUGUAGCCGCAUCUAUUUGCCAGAAACUAUUCGAAUAAGGAUAUUAUAUGUAUCCAUGUCUGUGACAUUAGGUAAUGAUGUUUUAUUCUGUUUAUGUAUGGGCUUCUUCUUUUGUUUGUAUAUAUGCUUUGCUGCUUAUUUUGCUAUAUUGAUCUUCAAUUAGCAGCUGGUUCUUGUGAAUUCCGCAUUUUAUAUACAGGGCAUGGGAAGGAUGUUUUAUUCU